AUGAACGCAGCUCAAAAAUUAAAAUCGAAACUUGCAAAAGCCGCACAACACAAGCCAUCGAACACGAAAGAUGCCUCUACUUCCGAUUCCAAGUCGGUAGAAAAGAAGGUACCAAAGACUAAAAAACCAAAGGCUUCUGAGAAAGAUGAAACAUCAUCAUCCGUAGCUGUUGGAAAAAGUAUUGUAGAUAACAACACAUCGGAAAGUCCAAUCCAUGAAGUGAUGCUUGAAAUUUGUACUGGUUCCUAUGACUCUAGAUUUGUUGGAUUUUGUUUCAGAUAUUUCACCAGCAAUGAUCCCAACUUUGAAACUGUUCUUGAUUUACCAAAAGCAGAAUUACUCAAAUUUUCGGAACAACAAAAACUUGAAGAGCAACCAAUGAUUACGACCUCAUUUGCCACAAAACCUCAUUCUGGAAGUAUUAAUCAACUUUUAUCAACAAGAAAAUAUGUAAUUACUGCUGGAUAUGAUGAACUAGCACUCGUGUAUGAUUUGGUAACAAGAAGAGAGUUAAGAUCUAUACCGCUGCAAAAAGGAAACAUUCUUGAUAUUGGUUCAUUGAAAGAUCAAUACACAGUGUUUGCUACAGCCAAUGGAGUCAUCAGUUUACAUGCUGGAGCUAAAUAUUCUUUCACACCUGUUUGGGAAAAAGUAGCUCACAAAGGACCUGUAGCAAGCGUAGCUAUUCAUCCUUCAGGAAGAUUACUGUUCUCUGUUGGUCAAAAUGAUAACAAAUUGAGAGUUUGGGAUAUGAUUAAGGGAAGUUUGGCAUAUACUGUCAAUUUAGGUAAACACAGUGCAGAGAGGAUUAGAUUUUCUCCAAAUGGUACUCAUUUCUUCAUUCACUACAGGACUGAAGUUGUGGUUUAUGACACUGAAUCACUUGAUGUCAUGUAUACUCUUGCUCAUGACCAGAAUGUCACAGCAGCAAUUUAUAUCAAUGACGACUAUAUCGCCACAGGAGCUCAAGAUGGAAAAAUCACAGUUUGGGAUUUAGAAGAGGGACAAUGUCUUCAAGCAUUGGAAUUACAUGAAAGUAGAAUCAAAGCAUUGGAUGUAAAAGAAGUGAAUAUUGGCGAAUUUUGUUUAGUGGCUGUCUCAUCGGAUGGUGGUUUGUCUCUAUGGAGACUCUAUUUGCUGAAUGAUGAAAUUCCACCUGCACUAUUGUUCUAUGAGGUGUUUAACGUAAGACUAACGAGUACUUGUCUAUGGACUCACUACAGCACUGAACAUGCAGCAUUUAUGAAGAAUCGACGAGCAUUACUUCAGGCUAAGCUUGGAAUUGAGUCCACGCAAGAAGAAGAGGAAGAAAUUGAAGAAGAAGAGGACGAUGAAGGUGAAUAUUAUGAAAUGGAGGAUGACGAAGUUGAUGAUGAAAAUGAAGAAGAGGACGGUGACGAUUCCAUGCAAGAUGAUGAUGAGAUUUAA